AUGCCCAACCACGCCACCAAAUUCCCUCAGAAAUGUUUCAAAAAUUACAAAAUUUCAUACACAACCGAAACAGCAAGUCCUUUUCUAAAACAAAAAGGGGUGCUGAACAUUUAUUUAUCACUGUUUUACAGAGGUCAGAGCGUCGCCGUUCCCGCCAAAACCAUCGGCGGCGUCUUUAAAUGCGUCGCCACUCCUGAAAAGACAGAGUUCAAGACUCAGGUGAGUGGCAAUGCGAACAUGGGGAAGCUUCAAGCUGGUUAUCUUUUUCCAGAGAUUGCUAGGAGGAGGAAUGCGCACUUGGAGAAGUACCCUGAUGCGAAAAUAAUUCCCCUUGGAAUUGGUGACACUACCGAGCCCAUUCCAGAAUAUAAAACCUCUGCAAUGGCAACGAGAGCACUUGCCAUGUCCACCCUAGAGGGUUACAGUGGUUAUGGACCUGAACAAGGUGAAAAGCCACUGAGAACUGCAAUUGCUAGAACGUUUUAUGAUAACCUUGGCAUAGAGGAAGAUGAUAUAUUUGUUUCUGAUGGUGCAAAAUGUGACAUAUCCCGCCUUCAGGUUCUUUUUGGGGAGGAUAAAACAAUAGCAGUGCAAGAUCCAUCAUAUCCGGCUUAUGUAGACUCGAGUGUUAUUAUGGGCCAGACAGGACAGUACCAGAAAUCUGUUGAGAAGUUCGCAAACAUUGAGUACAUGAGGUGUACUCCCGAUAAUGGAUUUUUUCCUGAUCUGUCCUCUACUAAUCGAACAGAUAUCAUAUUUUUCUGUUCACCAAACAAUCCUACUGGUUCUGCUGCAACAAGGGAGCAACUGACACAACUUGUAAAGUUUGCCAAGGAUAAUGGCUCAAUCAUAGUCUAUGAUUCUGCAUAUGCCAUGUAUAUGUCGGAUGAUAAUCCACGCUCCAUCUUUGAAAUCCCUGGAGCUAAAGAUGUUGCAAUUGAGACAUCAUCAUUUAGCAAGUAUGCUGGAUUCACUGGAGUUCGUUUGGGGUGGACUGUGGUUCCAAAGCAGUUGCACUAUUCGGAUGGUUUUCAAGUCGCCAAGGACUUCAACCGCAUUGUUUGUACUUGCUUCAAUGGUGCAUCCACUAUUGCCCAAGCUGGUGGUCUGGCUUGUCUUGAACCAGAGGGUCUUAAGGCUAUGCACGGGGUGAUAAAUUUCUACAAAGAAAAUACUAAUAUCAUAAUGGAGACAUUUAACUCCCUUGGCUUCAAUGUAUAUGGAGGGACGAAUGCUCCAUACGUGUGGGUCCACUUCCCCGGACAAAGCUCAUGGGAUGUGUUUGCUGAGAUUCUUGAGAAGACUCAUGUGGUUACCACACCUGGAAGUGGCUUUGGACCUGGUGGUGAAGGUUUCAUCAGGAUUGGUGCCUUUGGUCACAGGGAAAAUUAUACAUAUAUUGAAAGGUGAGUUUACUGUUACUACUGUUCAUCAAAGGGUGGAAAAGGCGAUUUUGCCCUUACUGUUCGUGGAGAAUAUCAAGCUGGUCUUCUAUAAACCGUGAAUAAAGAAAACGCCCUGAUUUGGUAGUGGAUUCCGGAACCUUCGCAAAAACAAAAAAAAGAAUCACCGACUGAAAGAGAGUGAGAGAGAGAGAGAGAGAGAGAGAGAGAGUUCUGCUGUGGUUCUUCGUCUCGCUUAGAUUGAUAGUGAGGGAGGUUGUUGAUCGGCAUAGACAGGUCUCAAUUUUCGUUUGUUUCCAGCUUGGAGGCAUAAAAGAUUGUAUCGGAAUUGCAAAACUCUGAUUUUUGGUGUGGGUGGAGGCUUUUAAGUAGAAUUGGAGCAGAAUUGGAGUCACGGGAAGAGUAACAUUUGGGUCUAGGUUUUGAUCAGGUAGCAACUAUACUUAUCUAAUUGGGUGUGAUUUUUUUUUUUCCUUCUCUUCUUCCAGAACUGGACAAUAACUUUAUAGGAUUGUGGUGCUCUUUUGUAACAAUAUCUCUCUAUUUGAAGCUAUGAUGAAAUUCAGCUUUGUUUUUUAUUCUCUGCCACUGUAUUUCAGUUAUAUUGAGCUAUUGGAUUUUGUGUUUUAUCGUUGUUGUGAUUGUCGGAGGUUUGGUUAGAAGCUGAGUUUUUUUCGUGCAGUCUGAGUUACUGUUGUAAUUUUGCCCUAUAUUUGUUGUGAUCCAUUCGAGUUACUGUUCAUUCAUGGGGAAAAAGACGAUUUUGCCUCAUUUGACAUUUUUUUACGGCUCUGCCACUGCCUCUUUUUUCUUCUCUCUUCCUCCCUUCUGCCUCCCAGACCGAGUUUUUUCCUCUCUCUUCCCCCCUCUGCCUCCUAAACCGAACAGCAGCAGCUGCGUGAGGUAAUGAAUUCCUUGCUACGUUUUGGUUGUUUUUGCUUCUCCACUUCGUUGUUUGGUUAGCUUGGUUUAAUAUAGCUUGAGAAAUUUGAUUUGGGUUUGUGAAAGAAUAAAGAUUGAUUCUUUUCUUAUGUAAAUUGAGGGAAUUGAUGGGAAUUUGAAGAAAUGGAUUUUAAAGUUUGCUAGAGCACAGAGCAGAUCUCAGCCAUCACUAUUCACUAAUUAGGUAGCUGUGAAAGGAUUUGCAUAAGAACUUUCAAGCAGGAUUGAGCUCCCAUCUCCUUUAAUCCGGGUUGGAAAGUGAUUGGAACAGCAAGUAGUGCUUAAAAGAAGAGACUUGCAGAAAAUUCAGUUUGUCUUCAAGUUAGAUUUUAUGCGCAAGGGUAUCUGAUUGAUUGCAGAUAGAGGUUUUACUCUUCUUUUUUGUGUUGGAAGAUAGUCUAGCACACCCAUUUCGAUCAGCUUCUUACUUCUCAAUUUGAGAGAGAAACAUUGCGGGGUAGAGAGAGAGAGAGCGAGAAGGAAGAGACUUGCAGAAAGUAGAAGCUCACUCAUUCUCCUUUUUACACAUUGCGAUUCACGGCUUCACUUUUUCUUCUCUUUAUUUGUUUAAUGGGAUUUAGAUUUGUUUCCGAACUUAGGGAGAUAUAUUUUAAUGCCUGCAUCCAUGUAUUAAAGUAGUUGUAGCAGUUACGUGGCAGUUAGGACUACUUUAUAAUGGGAUUUAAUUUUAUGUCCUGUUCUUUUCAUAUUCCUAAACAUUUUUAUUUUUUAUUUUUUGACUUCUCUUUCUUCUUUGGCUUUUGUUUCUGAUUAGAUUCAGUUUGUCUUCAAGUUAGAUUUUAUGCACAAGGGUGUGCACGUGAUUCUCCUGCCGCUGUUCCUUUGCGUAUUGUUUGGGAUUAUUUCAGUAUUGUAUUCUUCUUCAGAUAGAGGUUUUUCUCUUCUUCUUUUCUGUGUUGGAAGUGUAGUGCCUGCCUGCCUUUGUCUUUCUCCGUCUGGAAG